CCCCGCAGUUGUUGAGGAGGGGAGGGGAGGAAGGUGGAGCCUGGAGCCAUCAGGCAGGUGCUGCAUGGCGGCCGCCACCCUCGCAGCCUUCCCGGGCCCCCCCUCCGCUUCCCUCCAUGAAUUCCCUUAUCCCCCCCCAAAAAACCCUCCCGCCGCGGUGGGUCGGGGGUCUCCACAGGGGGUGGGGGGCAGCGUCCCACCGGCCGCCGAUCUGGUGCUGGGGGCUACCGCGGGGUGCUUGGCUUGUGUCCUCACCAACCCGCUGGAGGUGGUCAAGACCCGGUUACAGCUCCAGGGGGAGUUGCAGCCCCCCGGUACCUAUCCCCGGCCCUACCGGGGGGUCCUGCGGGCCAUGGGGGCCGUGUGCCGGGCCGACGGGAUGCGGGGGCUGCAGAAGGGCCUGGCCGCCGGGCUCCUUUACCAGGGGCUGAUGAACGGAGUCCGAUUUUAUUGCUAUUCCCUCGCCGAGGACGCCGGCUGGACCCGGUAUCCCGGGGGGACCGUGGCCGCCGGGGCCGUGGCCGGGGCGGUGGGAGCCUUCGUGGGCAGCCCCGCGUACCUGGUCAAGACCCACCUCCAAGCCCAGACACUGGCAGCCGUGGCUGUGGGCCACCAGCACAACCACGAGAGCAUCUUCGGUGCUUUCGAGAGCAUCUACAAGCAGCAUGGGGUGGUGGGACUGUGGCGGGGGGUGACGGGCGCCGUGCCUCGUGUGGCCGUGGGCUCAGCUGCUCAGCUUGCCACCUUCACCUCUGCCAAGGACUGGGUCUGUGAGCACCAGUGGUUCAGGGAGGGCAGCUGGGCCGCGGUGCUGGCGGGGGGCAUGGUGAGUGGUGUGGCUGUGGCAGUGACCAUGACGCCCUUCGACGUGGUGAGCACCCGUCUGUACAACCAGCCAGUGGAUGCCAAUGGCAUGGGCAAGCUCUACCGGGGUUUUUUGGAUUGCAUCCUCCAAAUCUCCAGCAGGGAGGGGCUGCUGGGCUUGUACAAGGGCAUCGGCGCCGUCUACCUCCGCCUCGGCCCCCACACGGUCCUCAGCCUCUUCUUUUGGGACGAGCUCAGGAAGAUGGUGCAGCACCAGCAGCCCCCGGGGCUCUAGGACGAGCUCCCAGCCCCACUGUUAAUAAAAGGGUUUUAUUUUUUUA